GCCUGGGGGCUGUCUUGUGGCACGGAGUUCCACAAACUAGCUGUCCAUUGGUGAAAAAGGAUUUCCUCUUAGACAUUUCCGAUGUGCUGUCCUUCAGUUGGACAAGUCUGUGCUGAGGGCGCCGAGCGUGCUGUGAGGCGGGCGGUACAUUGCGGGGACUUUUUAAAUCUAAAUAAACAGCAGAGCAGCAGAAGUAUCUCCAAGGCUUGUUUUUUGUUUUUGUUUUGUUUUUUAAGCUCACCCUGAUCCCAACGUGUGUUUUGGGGCUUGGGGAGAUAAGGAGUGAAAAUGGAGACGCAAGCGCUCUCUCUAUCUGGUGUUGUUUUGGUUGGCAGCGGGAAUGGCACGUAGGACGAAGACAGCAGGAGGAGGAGAUUUACUGAAAUAAGACAGAAAUGCCCACGAAGGGUGGAGAGGAAGGAGUGAUUUCACGUUGGACCAUUCACUGGAGCUCUCCCUGCCCUGGGCUUUGGACUACAUUCAGCCAGCCAGCCAGAGGGGAGUAUCCAGCCGGAGCAAACCAGCUCAUCCCAUUGACAACCGCAUGGCUGAAGUGACUGUGACAUGCCUGCUGCUGCUCGCUGCUCUCUGGCUGCCUGGGGGUGAGAGCUACAAUACUGAUCCGAAGAAGCCCCUUGGCCAAAUGGAAGAGGCUGCCCUCCGUCCCAAGAGAAGCCCGAGAUUCUGCUUUCCGAACCCAUGUAAGCACCAGGGAGUCUGCCGGGUAGUUGAGGAGAAACCAAACUGCACCUGCAAGGCUGGCUUCACUGGGACAUUCUGUCAAGAUGUGGUACUCAAGCUGCAGUGUGAGGAAGAUCACAUGAAGAUGAUGGUGAGAAAGGAAGUGUUCGAAGUGUUGAAAAUCCCCUUGGCGCGGGUCCACUUGAAGAACAGCGCUUGCAAGGUCUCCGAAAAGGAGGAGGAUGGAGCAAUCUUCUUUGCAGCCACUCUCACAGGCGAGAACCAUACCCUGUGUGGGUCAGUGAUUCAGCAAAACAGGUCACACGUGUCUUACACCAACGUGAUGGAGUCCGACAUGGAGGCCACGGGCGUGAUCUCCAGAAGCAGCCUUGUGCGAGUGCAUUUCUCCUGCAUCUACUCCUAUGAGCGGGUGGUCCAGCUGCCCUUCUCCCUUACUGCCAUCGACACGCUGGUGAAGUUCGUGGUCAAAGAGGGGGAGUUCAACGUGACCAUGGCCUUGUACGAGACCUCGGCUUACCUGCAGCCCUACCGGCAGCAGCCCCCGGCCCUCCCCCUGUCGGAGUUCCUCUACAUCCUGCUGCAGCUGGAAGGGCAGAGCCAGGUGCGGUACUUCCUGCUGAGCGUCGAGGACUGUUGGGCCACCCCGUCGGCGGACCCCAGCCAUGACAUGCAGCACCAGCUCAUUGUGAAGGGUAAUCGAGCUCCCCUCCCCCCAUGGACCAGGACUCUGUUGUGGCAGGUGCUGUACAAACACCACUGCAAAGUCUGGCAGAGAUGGUCGCUUUCUUGGUGUCCCCGUGAUGAGACCGUGAUGUACAUCAAUGGCAUCGGAAACAGCACCGUGGCAAAGUUCAGCUUCCAGAUGUUCCAAUUCAUCAACUACUCGGAGGUGUUCCUGCACUGCCGAGUCCGCCUGUGCCUCCCCGAUGGCCCCGAGCCCUGUGCAAAGCAAUGUCCCAGGAAGUCGAAGAGCAAGAGGGCACUUGAGGAGGACUACAAGAAGAUUGUCUCUUAUGGACCCAUCCAUCUCCUCGCCUCUCCCCUUUCUGGAGCACGGAAUGCUGAGUCGGGGACAAAACUGCAGGACCUUUGGGGGCCACAGCUGUGGAUUCCUGGUGCCCUGGUAACGCUGAUCAUAGCCGGCCUCUUCGUUCUCGUUGCUAUAGCUAAAGCCAUGAAGAAAUGAGGGAUGUCCAGAGAGCACAAAUUCUAAAUAAACCUGCCACUUGCAAA